AUGGAUGACUACGAACAUCAUCCAAUGUCGUCGUCAAACUUGGUUUACGUGCAGACGAAUAUACCAGGACCAGGUUGCCGAGAGGAUGAUUUUCAGGAAGAGUUUGCCGUUGGUUGCUCGUGUGUUGGAGACGAUAGUUGUCUCGAAGAUUGCGAAUGCACAAGAGGUACGGCAAAUUAUCUCGACGGUAAAUUGAUCGCUACUAACAAAUCCAUCGUCGAAUGCAAUUCCAAUUGCAAAUGUACGGUAAAUUGUGGAAAUCGAGUGGUGCAGUGCGGUCCAAUUGGGUGUUUGGCGAUACGACAGACCAGUAAAGGACUUGGAUUGUUCACCGAACGAUCGAUAAACAAAGGUCAAUUUGUUUGCGAGUACGCAGGUGAAGUGAUUAGUCUUGACGAGGCACGUCAACGUUUUGAAUCCAAUCGCAAUCGUCAACUGAUGAAUUACGUUCUGGUGGUGACUGAACAUCUUGGCGACAAAAAGAUCACCACGUGCGUCGAUCCAGCAGUGUUCGGUAACAUUGGUAGAUACGCUAAUCACAGUUGCCAACCGAAUGCUAUCAUUGUGCCAGUGAGAGUUGACAUUACUGUGCCGAGGAUGUGUUUGUUUGCCAAGAGAGAUAUCAAAGAAGGCGAAGAGAUGACUUUUGACUAUGCUGGAGAUGAUUCAACAUCCGUUCAAAACAGCGAAACUCCUUGUCUCUGCCGAACCGAAAGAUGUCGAAUUUAUUUGCCUCAUUGUCCCGUCUGACGAGUGUCCGUUUGCAUUUUCUUUCUAUAUCUUCUCUCCUUUUUUCAAAAUUUUUUUAUUUCAAAUACGUAAUAUUACAUCUUAUACAUUAAACUAAUGAUACGUACACCCACUGGUAUUAAAAUCUGUCCGAAUGUUUUAAAUUUCACCAUUGGCUUCAAUUGUUAUAUUUAGAAUAUUCGUACAGAUUUCAUUGCCGGUGGGUGUACCUAGAAAGACCCACUCGAAUGUAGUGAAAAAAU